AUGCCUGUAUUUCAAUCCAAACCCUUCCGUCGGGCAGCUACGGAGUCAUCAUCCCUCGGUGAACGGCUCGGUGCAUUCUACCGGGCACGACUAGCUCGACACCCUUUUAUUCUUUUCGGACUUCCCUUUAUGGCCGUCAUUGUAGCCGGCUCCUUUGUCUUGACGCCCGCUGCUGCCUUACGGUAUGAGCGGUAUGACCGCAAAGUCAAACAGCUAAGUCAGGACGAAGCAUUUGAACUCGGACUCAAAGGUCCCGACGGAGAAGAAGGUAUUAAACGCAAUCCGCGGCGGAGGAUUGUAGGCGACGAAAAAGAAGAGUACUACGCGAUUGAACGAAAUGCUGAUUGUACACCGCCGCAGAGACUCAUGGCCAAGGAUCUCGAUCAAUGGGAGCAGAAGCGAGUCGCACGAUUCAAGGGUGAACCAGAUGGAAGGCUGUAA